UCCGAGUCGGAGUUACAAGGCCGACUAGUAUUUAUUCCCGCAUUUCAAGAAUUCAAUCAUCAUACUUCAUCGAUCUCUUCUACCUGUGUCCCACUGAAUGGGAGAUCAUCCAGUAAAUCCUGGAGUCAUCCGCAGACACCAUCUCUCGAUGUCGUUGAUUUGUAGCGUAGGCCAUGGCUGCUGGGAGCCAAGAUGGCUUAAAGCUGACCAGUGGGGAAUGUGAUGCUUACGAACGUGGCGGGUAGACUUGCAAAGUCCAACCUCGGCCACUUUAAUUGAUCUCUGGUUUCUUUUUUCUCCGGUGCCUUUUCUCGUUGUAAAUUGCGGAUAUGAACGGAGAGCGACCAAACAGCAAUGGUGAUCAUGUCACGGACGCUACAGACACCAGCUCCGAUGUGAGCGCUGAUCCAGCACAGCGCGGCAUUCAGAGACUAUGCUCGACCUGUCAGUCUCUCCAAUUAGGCGUGCAUCGGUUCAAAGUGCAAACCCCGGUGUCGAGCUCGCGACUUGGAGUUGCUUCUACCAACCGAAUACUGAGGUCGUCAUCAACUUCAACGAAGCUGGGUACACUGGCCGAAAUCAAAACAAAUUCCUCGAGUUGCCCGCUCUGCGCCUUGAUCUUUGAUUCUGUAAGCGAAGUCUGGAAGCGGAGCCGCCAGGACGCCGAUGAAAACGAGACUGAGAAACUUCUGCGAUCGUCAUGUGUUCUCACGUGGGAGAUUGACGGUCGCGAUGGAGCUCGGUCGAAACGCUCAGGUAGAUCUUCGAACAUGGUUCGCGGUCUAACAAGGCGCAUGCAUAUCUGCUGGAGCCAUCCCAAUCUAUCAGACAGUUACAUAGUAUAUGUGGCUCCGGAGAGCUUUUCUACAACUGCCUCAGAUGCUGAUCGCGUCUGGGAUAAGAGCUCACUCUUCCUUGGGCGUAAGGUCCCAGAGUAUGUUGAGAAUCAAGCUUUGGUGAAGUCCUGGCUCGAUCUUUGCCAGAAAACACACCAAGGGCCAUGCCGGCACCAGAACAACCUAAGUCCUCAGGACUUUCAUGAUAUGGUAUCGCAUUCGUAUUUUGGAGUUAUAGAUGUGUUAAACAUGCAAUUGACACAGCUACCAUCCAAACCAAACCCAGGAGAUGGCUCUGACAGAAGAAGACAGCAUGAACAAGCUAGCAGUGGCCGGGUAUAUGAACCGUAUGUGGCUCUAAGCUAUGUAUGGGGAGUCGAAAGCGCGUACACAACAACGACCGAGAAUGUGAUGCUACACAGGACCCACGGCGGCCUCGAGAAUGUAAUUCAAAGAUUUCCGGAUGCUAUCAAGGAUGCGAUUGAAUUAGUCAGAAGGCUUGGGUUCAAGUAUUUAUGGAUUGAUCGGCUAUGCAUCGUGCAGGACAGCGCAAGAUCCUGGAAGCUAAACGCUUAUAACAUGGACCUCAUUUACGGAAACGCCGUGCUCACGAUAUGUGCUGCUGAUGGAGAUGCUUCGUCAGGGCUUCGUGCAAUGAGACCAGAGAACCACAAUCUCAAUCAACCCUGGCGAAAAGUUAUGCGAGGACUAGACUUGAUGGUGACACGCCCACCGGAAAUUCAUAUACGUCAAUCCGCCUGGAACGAGAGAGCCUGGACUUUCCAAGAGCGCCUCCUUUCUCGUCGCUGUCUAAUAUUCACGAAUGGCCGAGUCUACUUUCAGUGUCGCUCUACAGGCAUGUCCGAGGAGAUUUACGCUGAUCGUAAAGGCGCAGGCUGGUCGCUUGACCUCGUACAUGCACCCAUGCAAAUGUUCCGCCAAAUAGACACAUGCGCUGUCUGGGUCUAUAUGAGAUCGGUAGAACUUUAUACGGAGAGGAAGCUUACAAAGCCCAAGGAUAUCCUAGCUGCCUUUAGUGGCGUUUCGAACGUACUAAAGGGUCGUAUGAGGGCACCAUUUAUACAUGGCCUUCCCAGCUCACAUUUUGAUCUAGCCUUGCUCUGGGAGCCUAUACGAGAAAUUGAAAGAAGAGUGAUAGAGGAGUCGGCAGAGAAAAGAAGCUAUUCAAUUCCUGACUUUCCGAGCUGGUCCUGGGCCGGUUGGGUAGGCCCGGUCGCUUUUAAGGAUAGUAUUGUGGGCGGCCUCCUAGGCAAUGUGUCUGAAUGGAUCGACGCACACACCUGGAUCGAGUGGUGGAUUAGAGAUGCCCACGGCGACCUACGCCCCCUGUGGGACACAAGGAAGUCCAGAAUGGAUCGUAGUACAGAUUCCCGAUGGCGGGGUUAUCGUAGAUCUGGGACGAGAGCUGACAAGCUAGGACGUGCUUCCCCAAGAAAUAACGAUAGAUAUCAGCCAGAAGGCGAGCACCCCUUCGAAGCACAGAAUGGCGACGAGGUCGAACCAUUCCUAGAAUAUGCUCGUGAACCAGACCAGGACAGAGAUCUUGACGUCUCAGGACGAUUCUCAGAAUCUGAUAGUAUAGAAGGGUCUACUGAGCAUUCGCAGGAUGAUUACCAACGACGAAGAUCUCGUUCUCCAUCGCCACCCCGACAUUCAGAUGAGGUUUGGAGAUCAGAUCGUCGGCCGGGGGCAGCGAACGAUGCUGUCGUGCGGUUCCAAGAACAAACUACACCAGUCAAUGACGAUGCCGAUGAUAAUUCCGAAGUAAAUAUAAAUAUCCGAAACCGCGCUGCACCACGACAAGAAUAUCUACGACAUAGUCCACCCCCUCCUGUCCGAUCGCGAUCUUUCCGUGAACCCUCAACCCGUACGCCGUACAAUGCCGAUUACUCUUCGCGCCCAAUUCCUCCUACAGGUGAUUCAGGCUUCUACGACAUGGUCUUCGGCAACCGAGGCGAAGAAUUUAGCAUAACUCUUAGGGACUAUCCAUACCGGGUAGUAACAGCGCCAUACACAUCGAAGCUAGAAAGUUUUGAGUUCCCCCUUCUUCCGAUCCUUCAAUUCCGCACGUGGCAUACCCUGCUGUACGUCAAAGCCGCCAUCGCUUUUUCGGCCGAGAAAUACGAGAAGACAGAGAAUCAGAGCGAAGAUAUGGGAUCCGGGCAAGCGCGCUGUCAUAUCGCAGACGACGCGGGCGACUGGGUGGGCUCCAUCGUUCUAGACGCGCAGUGGAUGGCAAGGCAGAGCUCCCAUCGUCACGAAUUCAUCGCCAUCUCCGACGCAAAGGACUUCACAAUGGCCGAGUGCGAGACCUGGACGUAUUAUAUCCCAAAGGAGCGCAAGUCAAGCGAGUGGGAUCUCUUUUAUGUCAUGCUGAUCGAGAGGAAGAACGAAAAGUGGGAGCGUGUCGGUCUAGGAAAGGUCUUCAAAGAAGCGUUUAGAAACGCUAGGUGGAAGGAAAUCAUGCUUGGCUAAAGGGGUCAUGUCCAUAGCCUCUGCUCCUCAUGAUACCAAAUCACCUGCUAAAAUGCGUCUCGCCAUGGUCUUGAUCCUUUACCAAGAAGUUCAAAAGCCGAUAUAUGUAUGCCAUGCGGGAAUACUCCUAUAAUGGUUUCUGACAAGCCCAUUUCAAACACUAUC